AUGGAACCACAUGAGGUGGUCCUGGUUGUUGUACAUAGUUCUGGCUACGUAUUGCAGAUGGGAAUACCUCCACCGGAUGAUGGAUUUAAGUACAUGGCACGCAAUGAUGAUGGUCAAUAUAAAGCAAAAACCAGCUACUUGGGGAAGGCGAUCUCGCCGAUCUCACCUCGAUUGAUGGAGAGAGAACGAGCCUGGUCGGCGAGUCCGUCGGCAAGUCGGCUGAACUUGAGCACGGUUGGUCUCACGGCCCCCACCCCAUCCAAAGACUCUCGAUCCCGUCUCGCCCGCAUCCUCAAUUCCUCGACGCAACGCCUCUCCGUCACCGGAUGCUCCAAUUACAACGGCCACGUCGGGGGAAUGGCCGUGAGCCCCAGGAGAGCCUUUCGGGAAGAUUUUCCAAGCCUGAUGCUGUCGAGAAGCGGAGGUGGGGCAGGAGGGCCCUUGCGGAAAGCGUCCUCUAUGGAGAGCAUAGUGGAGAGCCUUAGUUCCUACCGAUCUCCGGCAGAUGUCUCUGGAGCUUUCGGCAAGGGCUUUCUCUCUAAGUCUCCUCGUGUCGGAGGUUUCAUGUCCCCUGCCGUCAGCAAGAGGAUCCUCAGUCGAAACGAAUCGCCUUCUAUCGCACCACACAAGAGGUCUAAUGCGGAAUUAACUUGUGACUCCAGCUUGGUCCGAUCACCAAAGAGUUGGAACGAGGAGUUGGCAUUUCAAAACUAUGCUAUCCUUCUUCAGUCAUCGUUCAGCGUCUGUGUCAUCAUUCAGUGA